AUUUGAAAAACAAUCAUCAAUUUCAAGUUGCCAUAGGAGGAGGGGAAGGAGGAGGAUCGAGGGCUGGUUCAGUUCUACUUUAUGAUAAAGGCGCUUCUAGAGUUGUUCUGUCCAUACUUUUAUUUGAAUGUCAUUCACCAGUAGCUUAUUGGUUUCCUUUUUGGUUUUGUUGUUAUAUCCAGUAUACGAGUUGUUUUCAUCGUGGCUAACCAACGAGUUGCGAAAAGAAACGUUGACGGUUACCACUAUAUGCAUUCCAACGGUGAAAAGAGAAACGUUUUACCUCGCUCAAGUCAUUUAUUCUUUCUUUCAAUUAUGUCAGCGCUAUCCAAGAGUUGCCCAAGACAUCCACCGAGUUUUUAUUUUUCAACUAGACGAUCAUGACUUAAACCCCUAUUGGAAUGAGGAUUUGACUAUUCCUUUUCACUGUAGAAAGAAGAUUUUUAUUCAACUCCUACCACAAUGUUUUCCAGCAAUAGAGAAUAAGACCUAUUAUGAAUGGCGAUGUAAGGAAGCCAUCGACUAUGCCAGGACUAUGGAGAAUUGUGAAAAGUUAGCUAAUCCAUCCACAACUUUCUUUCUUCUUCUUCAAGAUGACGCUGUGUUCAAUUCUCAUUUUCCUUCUUUUUAUGAGGCGCUUCCUGGUUGGAUGGAAAGAUCAAAGUGGCGACGAGUAUGUUCUAUUUCUUUAUAUGAUAUCAAACAAAGAACGGAUGGUGGGCCUUUAUUGUCGUACAACGCUGUGGCAAGAUUGUAUCCUAGAAACUUGAUGAACAAUAUGAGUGCUUUUAUUAAAAGACAGUUCCAAAAGCAACCAGUGGAUUGGUUGAUUGAAGAAUACUGUAGAAAACUUCAUUUAACCACGUUUGUCAAAGUUCCUAACCCUGUUCGUCAUAUUGGUAAUAUUUCAACUUUUAAAACAUUUGCAAAAGCAGCACGACGACUGGGUCAAUAUGAUUCAUCGUAAGACCAUUAUUCAUUAUUAUUGGGC